AUAUUUUCGCCCAAAUCACGUCGUCUGGCCGUCCUCACUGGGCGUAACUGUCAACCUUAACCCCCAGAGUUCGCACGUGCAUUGGUCACCUCUCCCAGCGAGACUCUCUUUUGAUUGGCUGCCUGGCCAAGGUGUAUGCUAAUGAAUGAGCCCGAGAUGUGAGCGGUUGAUGAAGUCAAAACACGAUGCCUUGUCCGCCCUUGGGGAGGGGGCGCUAGUUGCCUGCACGGCGUCUUGUCCUCGCUUUGUCCUCAGCCAGGCCUCGUCCACAUUUACUCGCGGUACCUCCGGGUCUGCAGCCUGACUCACACAGAGUCCAUUCUGGCGGCAAACAACUGCCAACUUCUGUCUGACCAACCAACAACUGCACUUCAUUUGAAAUUUUUCUUCUCAAGAAUCGUAACUGGUCUCAGGAAGGAACUGCUGCAGUAUAAUAAAAAUAAUGGCUCAGACAUCGGCCUGUAGGCUUCUGCUUCUCUUCUUCAUCGUCAUCUCGGCUGACUCCUGCAUCGUCAGCGCGCACCCCAUCGACUGCGAAAAGUUCGCCGUCCACCCAAAGUGCCGAGGUGUGGCUGCGAAGGACUCUACAUCACAAGAGGACGCUUACGUAGACCCCCUAAUGCAGCCAGAGGCUGGUCUCGACGAGGAAUCCGAAAAGCUUUUGCUACUGGCAAUGAACCUGCCCCACGCCGUGCCUGACCAGUCAUAUGCCUCUCAGAACAGAGGAGAGCUGGAAAGGUUUCUGCGCUCCUACAACAUCCCCCAGGACCGUGGGCAUGAGAGUCACCUUAGCAGCGAGUUCGCCGACCUGAGUUGUAUUCCCAUCUGUCCGCCCAGCUUCUAGCACCCAGACAUCUUAGCCUUGAAGCAGACGACGCUUUUUCAGAGUGAAGAAUAGCAUGUUCCACGGACAAAUCACAUCAGGAGAACAUUCCUGCACCUCACCCAGAUACCAAAGACAGACUGCUGAAGAAAAUAACACCAAACCAAAUAGAUGUUCAGACGAUAAAUAUAUAAAAAUCUACAACUAUGUACAUCUGUAAUUUUGGAACGAUGCUGCUGUGCCACAGUACUAGCUCCCAUUAUAAUCUAAUUUAUGUGGAACUCGUGCAACCUAAGUGAAACAUUCAAUCUCUGCUGAUAUUUAAUUACGAGUAAGCGUCUUCUGGUCAAUGUUCGGGAGUGUGAAAACUGCUGAUGUCUGCAAAGAAAUGCGAGCAAGCUGUAAAAUAGCGAUUGAAAUGAAAAUAAUUUGUUUCAACAAA